CAGAAUGUAAGGCAGUUGCUCUAUUUAUUGUAUUCAGUAUAAGGCACAACCUCUAGAAAUUAAACGAUCAUCAUGUCACGAAAAGAAUCAGAGGUGAAAGUUCAUGCUGUAGGAGACAUGUACACAUUUACAGUGGAUUUAAGUGCCUUCUCACCUGAGCAAGUGAUCGUUACCUCCUCAAAUAACUUCAUCCACGUUUCUGCUGAGAAGUUGGAAUCAGAUGGGACAAUUGUGGACACAUUUUCACACAAAUGCCAGUUUCCAGCAGAUGUAGACCCCAUGUCAGUGACCUCAUCCCUGGGAUACAGUGGUGCACUGACGAUUAGGGCAUGGAAACAAAAGGCUGAAGGUUAGAUAACAAAUAAGUGUGGACAUGCAACAUUAGUCUUAACAGCAUCUGCAGAUUUUAUUGUGUAUUUCUUUUUUUUGCUAAAUUCUCUGUUUGAGUGGUCAAAACAUUUUUCAAAUGUACUCAAGCUGAAUUAUAUAUUUUUUACCAGUAGCUGAUUUACAUAAUCCAGAUGAAUUAACUAAAUUAACUAUGCAUUAUUAUAUCUUGGGUUUUGACUGUGCUAAUGAAAGGUUGCAUAUUGUAUUUAUUGCAUGUUUAUUUAUAACAGUUACAUAUGCCUGUAAUAUGGAAGCUAUAAAUGGGUGAGGUUUACAUACAUCCUUUAAAUAUUUCAAAUGGUAAGUGAAAUACUGUCAAACACUGAUUAUCUAUUAACACUGAUUAGAUUAGAUUCAACUUUAUUGUCAUUAUUGGCAAUGAAAUGCAGUGACUAUUGUUAUCAUUUAUUUUGGGGCAAAAAAGACAGAUGUCACCAUUAGCUGAGGCAGCUUUUUAAUCAAUUGUUUUGAUUGUGCUGACUUUUAUGAUUAACCAUAAUUGGAACUGCUAUUCACCAGUUCACCACAUUUGACUGAUCUGAAUUCCUAAUCAGGAAAGGUCUCAAAAAGCCAGAGUUCAGCACAUGACAUCAAAUCAACACGGCUGUUUACAGCAGCAAUAGUAAACAAACUUGUAACACUUGUAAAGGGGUUAUACUGUAUACACUUUUAUUUACAUUAGAACAAGCAACAGACAACUACAUUAGUUUGUUAAAUCUGUAACACUGACUAUACAAAUCACUGUUUUAAAGAUGUAAAAUAUCACUCAUAUCACUGAUGUUAGCUGGUUAAAUUGUUUCCUGCUUGGAGGUCGAAAAUGACAAUUCUGUCUUCCAACAUUCUCUGUUGUUCCAGCUGUGAUUAAUCGUAAAAUAAUUGUAAUUAAUGAUGAUGGAGCAGUGCUUCAGGUUUAUCUUCCAGGCCUUACAAUGCAUUCCUUAUUAUCUGUGACGCUUUAAAUAUUCUGCCUAUGUCCAUGUGGAUUUCAUCCAAAAACACCAGAAGGAGACUGUCAAGUGUAAAUUGACUCUAGGUGUGAAUGUGUGUACUGUACAUGGUGCCCUGUGAUUAACUGGUGUCCACAUCCAGAGUAUAUUCCCAACUUAUGGCCAGGGUUUAGAUAGGCUCCAACCCCGAGUUGAGCUCCUACAAGUGUAUAAUGGAUUUUGUGUCUAACAUUGAGGCAAUCAGUGUGCUGUGAAAAAUUA